UGUCCACACAUUCAGCACUUUUUUCUGCUGGAGGUGAAAACCGGAACACAGACAGCACGACAACCCGGAGACAUUUCGCUCCUGGGGCGCUCCGAGACAACAUAUUUCAGGAUGGCGUCCAAAUCCGUCGGUGUUUUCGUCCUUUUCCAGCUUCUAGUCCUGAAUGUAGUGAGCCAGACAUCUGCCUUCCCCACACCUACAGCCUCCACGGAUGACAAAACUGUGUACAACAGACAGCUGACAGAAGAAAGACCACUACAAGAGCAGAUUGCAGAGGCGGACAGUGUGAAAGCUGCACUCCAGUCGGCUGAAAGCAAACGUUCCGCCGCCUCCAAGGACGCAGGGUCGGAGCAGGAUGACUUUACCAUGCUCAAGUCACUGGCCGACGGCCAGAAAUCAAAGGAGACCACUGAGGUGCCUGUCAAGAAGGAGGAUCAGUACGUCCCCGAUGAAUCCGACUCCACCAAGAGCCGGCGUCUGGCUGAGGACUACGACUCCACCAAGAACGGGAUGGAAUACGGCAAGUACCAGGAUGACCCAGAAAGCUUCCGUCAGGUUGAUGGCACUCCGCUAACAGCCGAAGACAUUGUCCAGAAGAUCGCAAACAAGAUCUACGAGGAAGAUGACAGAGGAGUGUUCGACAGGAUCGUGUCCAAACUGCUCAAACUGGGGCUGAUCACAGAUAAUCAGGCAGAUACUCUGGAGUACCAGGUGGCCGAGGCUCUGCAGGAUCUCAUCACCAAAAAUGCCAAGAACAACGAGAUCGAGGACACCGAGAGCAACGACCAAGAGACCAGAGGAGAGCAGGACGACCAGGGUUUAGACACGGACGCAUUUGAGCCGCCCAGGCGUCGCUACAAUGAAGACGACGACGAAGAGGAAGAAGACGAGGACGACGUUGAGGACGAGGUGGACCGGGAUGCAGAGGAAGAGGGGGAUGCCAACACCUGGGACAAAGGCACCGAGGAAGGCAACGAGGUGAGCCCCGAAGACGGACUCCAGGACCUGCAGUACUUCCCCAACUUCUACCGUCUGCUCAAAAGCCUCGAUUCAGAAAAAGACACUCAGGAGAGAGAGACAUUGAUUACCAUCAUGAAGACACUGAUUGAUUUUGUGAAGAUGAUGGUCAAGUACGGCACCAUCACGCCAGAGGAGGGAGUGUCCUAUCUAGAGAACCUGGACGCUAUGAUAGCCAUGCAGACCAAGAACAAGCUGGGCAAGUCUCUCGUGUCGCCUGACUUCACUGGACCCAACGGGAAAAACUUGGAUGAGGAUGACAACACCAAAGCCGAGGCUGCCAAGAUGCAGAAGGAAUAUGAGAACCUCAAAGACUCGACCAAAGAGGAUCAGCCAUCAACCGAGACCAAUCAGCCUGGCAAGUCAGAGACUUAUCUGGAGGCUAUCAGGAAGAACAUCGAGUGGCUGAAGAAACACAACAAAGAAGAAGGCAAAGAUGAUUACGACCUGUCCAAGCUGAAGGAUUUCAUGGACCAGCAGGUUGACUCGUACAUUGAGAAGGGCAUCAUCGCCAAAGUCGAAGGCGACACCAUCAAGAGGAUCUACAGCAGCCUGUAACGCCACCAUCUGUCCUCUAACCAACCUCUGGCUGAAAAAAACAACAACAACACAGGACUGAAUCUGACACUAAGAUCUCCCACAAAACCUUAUUUACAAUUAUUUCCCAUGGCAUGGUAAAGUAUAUACUGUGUAUUCAAAACUACCUGCUUAGGGGAACUUGUUUACCCUCCCAGACAUUCCCAAAAAUGUAUCAGAAAGAUGGGAUUUCAUCACACUAUCUACAAAAUUAAAAGUCAUUCCUUUAAUUCCUGACAACUACCUAACUGAUUAUAUUUGCACGCCAAGACCGCAGAGUAAUAAUCCCUAGAAUAUUACCGAGAGAGAAAUCAGACUAUUUUAUGUAACACCACACAUCGUGCUAGCAUUUACUCCAACCUGUCUGCUGUGGGAAAUGAAUGUUAUGAGAGUAUGAUGCCGUAGCUUUGUCAAAACUACUGAUUCCAAUCCAUUUUUGCAACAUAAUACACAAUAUAUCAAAUUAUACUCAUUGUGUGUAACCUGUCUUAGCCUAUUAUCUUUCUUUUUUUUCCCACCCCCCCUCGGUCUAUAUGUAAGAUCCUAAUGUAUUCUUGCUUUUUACUUUACCAAAAAAAAAAAAUAUUUGUUGUGUAUCAUGUCAGUGAACUCCUCUGUUCCAUUCUGCUGUAAUUCCUCUGGAGCCCACUAGGGGGCGAUGUCUAAAUCAUCAAUUCUCUCUGCAUGUCUCUCUGAGUUCAUUUCCAUCUCUGUAGAGGCAAAAGAUGAAGUAUUUUUAAAUGUAAAUAUCUGUGAUUUUUUCCUAAAGUUGUUAAAGCAAUUAAAACAUUGCCUUUUCUUUA